AUGGCCACGCGAUGUACAUUGUUUCGUUAUCGUUGCAUAAAAUAUGUGACACACACUGGCGAAAAACCGUACGCGUGCGACGUAUGCGACAAGUUGUUCGCUCUAAGUAGCAGCUUAAGGAAAUAUCGACGCACACACACUGGUGAAAAACCGUACGUAUGCGAUGUAUGCGACAAGUCGUUCGCGGCAAGUUUCAGUUUGACGGCACAUAGACGCACACACACUGGAGAAAAACCGUACGCAUGCGAUGUAUGCAAAAAGUCGUUCGCUGAAAGUGGCACUUUAAGGAAACAUCAACGCACACACACUGGUGAAAAACAGUACGCAUGCGAUGUAUGCGACAAGUCGUUCGCGGAAAGUUUCAGUUUGACGGCACACAAGCGAAUGCACACUGGCGAAAGACCAUACGCGUGUGAUGUAUGCGACAAGUCGUUCUCUGCAAGUGGCAGUUUGAUGGUACACAAGCGAAUGCACACUGGUGAAAAAUCAUAUGUGUGCGAUGUAUGCGACGAGUCGUUCUCGGUAAGUAGAAAUUUGGUGUCACACAAGCGGACGCACAUUGCACCAUGUCUGGAUUAA